AUGUCAGCCAUUCCUAUGGACUUUGUCAACCUCGUGCCGCCCUCUCCCACCAAGCCAAAGUCGCAAUGGAUGAAAGCAUACGCGCCCGUCUUCGGGCCGCUGAACGGCCAAGCGCUUUCGGGCAUCCGUGACCAAUUCACCAUCAGCACCUGGCUCAGCCUAGGCGCGAUUCUUCAGACCGCCGCAUAUAUGCUUAUCGGGCGGCUCAGUCUCCUUCCCGCAUUCGCGCUCGUCACAUAUCGCAUUCUAGACACGUUUCUUAUGACUGUGGGCGUGAAGCACAACCCCGGCAUGGACGGCGUCAUCCUGAACAAGUUCGCCGCUGCGUUCCCGGACGCUGAGGGGAAGUUCGGGAAAAAGCCCGCCCGGGAUGGCGUGGUGUGCUUCCUCAUUGGCGCCAGGUGUAACCACCCACUCGGACUGCUUGGUUACGGAUACAAGGACCUAGGGAAGUUCUUCGAGGCAACCACGGAGGCGUGUGAGGCUCAUGCCGACGAGUAUGGCCUUUUAGGACUGUCAAGCUGGAUCAGCAACGGCGAGCGAGCAACCGGCAACGAAAUCAUGACGGUAAUGUACUUCAAGGACGUCGAGGGACUGCACAAGUUCGCGCACGGCCCCUCACAUCGCAAGGGCUGGGAAUGGUGGAACAAGAAUUUGAGGAAGUUGCCGCACCUCAGUAUCUGGCACGAGGUCUUUGCGGCGCCGGCCGGGCAUUGGGAGGGCAUCUAUGCAAACAGCCACCCCACUGGUCUCGGCGCUACUGCAACACGCGUCGAACUGCCGGCAUCGGAGAAGGGUUCGGCGGAGACUGCGUGGUUUAGUCCAAUUGUGGAUGCGAGGAAGGGCGUUCUGAAGACGAGCGCAGGUAGGAUGACAAUGUCUAACGGUGACGACCACGACAAGUACGGCGAUGAUCCGUACGAGAACUAUGGUCAGUAG